AGGGCUUAGCCAAAGAUGAUGAAACCCUCUCGCAGCCGCAGACUCAGCUUCUCCUCCUCCGCCUCCACCACCGUCACCUACACCCUCCACGAUGACCAACCUGCCCUUCCCGCCACCACCGAAAUUCCCAUCCAGACCUCGGACACCCCAAUUCCCAUCACCUUUCACUUACCGCAAUCCACCGCAGCCAUCAAAAUUCAAUCGGCCUACCGGGCCCACCUCAUCCGCACCCACUUCAAAACAAUCGCAGCCGUCCACUCCGAGGCCAACCAGUACCAGCGCCGGAUCCAACGGCAGGAAACUGUCGACGCCAUCAGGACAAGCGAGCGCGAGAAGCUGAGGAUGAACGAGUCCCUGAUGCGGCUGCUGCUGAAGCUGGACUCGGUGCCCGGGGUGGACCCCGCGGUGAGGGAAGCGAGGAGAAAGGUGAGCCGUCGGAUCGUGGGGCUGCAGGAGAUCGUGGACGCGAUCGUAUCGGAAGACGUGGAUGGCUUCUGGGGUGGCAGAGACGGUGGAUUUGGGAGGAACUGGGACGACAUCCUUGCGGAGAUGGAGGAGGUGUGCAGGGAUAAAGGAGGGGAGGAGAUGGAGAGGUUUUGCGCUCAGUAUCUGGGGUUUCGGUGCUUGCAGCGAUUUUUGCAGGAGCCGUGAUCUGGUUUAUCGCCGGCACUGCUUUGCUUGCCUACUCUGUUAUCUGUGGAGUGACACAGUCUACAAACUACAGACCGCAAAUUGUAAUUUUGUACUUAGUUUGGACCCUUUUUUUAUUUUUAUAGUUUUAUUCUCCAUGCACUUAAAUUCAACGGUUUUAAUUAUGAAAUAUCGUAAAGACCCGUUAUUUGCAAGUA